UAAUGGCUGAGGGGAGCCUGGGUAAAUGCUUCUUAAAUUGUCGUGGGUGAGAAUGGUUUCAGGGAAUUAGAUUGGUGUCGCGACAAAGAGCGCUGGUGUGCGAGGAUUUAAGGGCCAGACUGGAUCAGGAAAUACUGGAGUACACAGCUCACCAGAGGCAGACUUCUGUGCACAUUCAUUCCACGCUCCGGAUCUCAGAUUGAAUAUGAAUGCCAUGAAUUUCUGCGGGACGUCCAGCGGUGGUGGUGUGUACCCCCUGCACGGCGUUCCCUCCAUGCUGUUUGACCUCCACCACCAGAUGGCGGAGCAGUACCACGUUUACUCUGCAGCCUGCCCCACAGCACACACCCUGUCUGUGGCCGAGAGGCUGGCAGAGCUCAUUCUUGAGGCUCGAUAUGGGAACCAGCAGAAGCAGCGCCGCAGCCGAACAGCGUUCACGGUGUCGCAGCUGCAGGCUCUUGAGAAAGCUUUCCAGCAGACUCAGUACCCAGAUGUCGGCAUGAGAGAGAGGCUGGCUGUCUGCAUCAACCUGCCCGAAGCUCGCAUUCAGGUGUGGUUCAAGAACAGGAGGGCUAAGUUUCGUAAAGGUCAGAGGUGCUCCCCGCUCCCCAGAGACCAAAGUUCGGAGGAAGCAACACAUUGCACCAUGUUGGGACGGGAAGAGGUCCGGAGCGAAGACCAAAAGGACAUAAGCACAUCCCGUACUGACAGGAACACCCGUCCUCGUUUCUUCCCUCCACCUCGUGUGGGUAAAACGAGGGAUGUUUACGCACCAUCGGACUCUGAUGUUUCACGGUGCCCCCUCAGACUUUGCUCUCCUCCACUUUUUCCCUUCAUGACGGGGGAGCGCUACGGCCACCCUCAUCACCAGCCAGCUGUUGGAGUGCUGUCCAACGAGCUGGCCCAUUAUACGGCAGCACAGUUCCACACUGGAAGUUACUAAAAACUGUAGCCUCUCCCCCCAGACGGCUUGUUCCAGUGGAGCUGUGCCACACCCUCACCUGGGGCUGCAACUGUAGCGUCGUCCUCCAUCAGUCAGAGGUCUUGGCUCGUUGCGGACUCGGGUACACCUGAAGCAACCGUGUGUGUGAAAAUACAAGAGGUAGAAGCACUUACUGCCUUGUUCCUGUAGACCUGACUACAGACAGAAUGUGAAUUUAUUUAGAAAGCUUUAUUGAAUGUCUGAAGGGACGUAAAACUGAUAUGGGGUCUGCCUUAAUUAUUAACAUCUACAGGUUGCUUUAAGUCAGCGAGUUUGCUUGAAAGAGGUUGUAAUGUAAUCCUCCGGAAGCAGCGUAAACACCAUUUACAGAUAUAAUUGUCUCUUUCAGCAUUAUUUCCAUUUACACUGACUAGUAGAAACAUAGUUAUAAUGAUGGUAAAACUAUUUGAGAGAAGUUCCUAAUUGUAACCAGGCAUUGCAACAUGGAAAUCUAAAAUAAAAUCAGUUGUAAUUUUU